UUCUUUCUGGUUAGAAUUAUUUUAAUUUUUUGCUACAGUUUUACAUUUGUAUGCAUCAAGCAGGAGUUUUCAGAGCCUUGCAUGCAAUAAGGUAAAAAAAAAAAAUCUCAAGUUGACAACAGACCACUGCUUCAUUUUGCAUGAUGUACUCAACGAUCAGCUGUCCACUUACAUAUCGCUCUAAGCUGGACAAAAGAAGAAAUUGUGGAGUUCUCUGCAUUUUUUUUUUUUUUUUUUAAAGAUGAACUUAUAUAUUUUUGCAAAAUCUGCAUUUAUUUGAUUUUUAUUGUAUAAGCUGUGUAGUUCUGCCUGUAACCGAUACUGUAUGUAUGUUUUAAAUGGAUAUCUGCGUUGCAGCAACUGCACACCAGUGGUUACCGGACACCUUUUCCUGGUGGGUUCGAGAGCAGUGCCUUUUAAAAUGAGAGGUGCAGCUUAUUCAUUAACAGUUUCUCAUGGAAUGAGGGGCUUGUCUCAACCUCCACCAUAGAAGGUUUGUCUGCACUUGUACAGGCUUAACAUUGUCCUCUCACAAUGUGUACCUUACACUGCUGAGUUUAUAAUCUGUACUGGGUACAAUAAACUGUCCUUCUGCUUCACUUGCACUCUGGUGGUUAAACAUUUCUUCAUUUACGUCUCACAUGGAAAAAUGGAAGGUUGUCCAAAAUGUUUUAGCUACUAUUAUUUGUUAAGAUAUUAUUUUUUUAUGUGAGAAACAUAAAGUCCUUCUUGGAUGAGCUGGUAGAUAAUGGCUGGCAAUUGCUUUUAUGCACUGAAUCUGAAACUGUAUUCAGUAUCGAUUGUCCUCUAUUCAGUUAAAGGCGUUUUGCUGUCCCAGGGGCUGCGCUGCCCUUUUAUCCGAGCUUUAGCUGGUUAGCUGAUGUGUGUGUCUGCUCCUAUGUUCAUGCUUUAGACCUCCAUCUAUGAUUAUUUAAUCACUUCUUAGCUUCGUAUGGCUGGGUUAGCAACCUGUCUGAGACCAUACCUUGCACUUAUGUCAAAACAUCUACCGCUUAAAUGAUUUAUCCAAACACAUUUAUGAACUUAUGUAUUGUUUGCGCACACUACUGUGCCCUAACGUUUUUCUUAAAGCUGCAUAAAUACAUUAGUGUCUAGUUGGGAUCAAAUAUUUCAAAUAAAAGGACAUAAUUUACCAGUUUAAUGUCUAGCAUGGUACAUUGACUGUUCAGGCACACUUGAGCCUCAACAGCUAGAUGGCUGGUCGUAAUUUGAGAAGUGCACUAUAAUUUCCUAUGUCGAUAGCUUGACCAGACCUGAUCCAUAUCCUGAAACUUGAUUCUUACAAUGAGUGCAAAUCUCAAGCAUUUAUAGCUGCACAGAAAACACUGCAUAUGCAAUUUUGUUUAAAUAAGCCUUUUUAAUUAUAUGUGCUUAGUCUAAUCUCAGACCUCUCCCCCACACUGAACCAUUUGACUUGCCUUUAUGAAAUUCAACCAGCAAAUGAAAAAGGAGAUGAUCGAUUUGAGGUUAAUCCAAUGUUUGAUCACCGUGGCAAAAUUCCUUUUCUGUUCAAGAAAGCCACUUAACCUUUGAACCCACCUACUUCACAGUAAAUAACUCUUCAGUCAACACAAUAAUUGUAUUUCUAGCCAACUUGAAUAAUAACUGACUAAUGCAACAAGCAAUUUAUGUCUUCGUGCAAAAUAGUUAAUGGGUUCAAUCAACAUAUAUUUUGUGGUAUGCUGAUGACCGUUUUAGUGAAGUAUUGAUUUCACUUAGCAAACGGACAGCUAGUGUAUACCAUUUGCUUAGGCUAUGUCUUUUAGUAAUGGAGCUCAAGAUGUGGUGACAUAAUUUAUUUUGCGUCGUAAGCAGCUUUCUAUCUGUUGAGACACAGACAAUGGAGAAAUUAAAUGUGAUUACAUCAUCUAAUGAAUAACCUUUACUUUCCCACUUAUUGCCUGACCUUUCUUUAGUUCCAAACGCUGAUCAUUCCGAGCAAACCAAUCAUUUGGUUCAUUUAUUUAUAUUGACAUGUUUGGAAUGAUCAGUUAAUUUCCAUGUAUUCAUUUAUUGACUUUUUUUGCAUUGUUCUAAAAUCAAUAUAAAUGAACAGCAAAAAUAUUAUACUGUAGCAGAUUAAUUGGUAACACUAUACAAAAAGGUUUAAUGUGUUAACAUUAAAUAAUGUAUUAUUCAUUAACAUGAUCAGUAUAUACCUACAAGGCAAUAUUUAUUAAAUAGCUUUAAAUAAAUAUAAUUCGAAAUUAAAAGUUAACCAAGUCAAAUACAUGCUGUAAAAGUAUUGUUCAUUGUUAGUUUGUGUUAACUAUUUCGUAAACCAAUGGCGACGUAAACAACCUUAUUGUAAAGUGUUACUGGUUAAUUAAGAAGGCCACAACAGGGGAAAUGUGCACCUACAUGUAGGCCUACUUGCUUUUUAAUAUUUCACAGAUUAAUUCUAUAUAAGUAAAGUAAGAUACAGCAAAACGCUAUCAACAGGGAAACAACACAAAUGUCACGGGCCAUGGUACAGUGAUUUGGUCAUAAAACAGCUUUAUUUAUAAAGGCAUAGACUAUUUAAGUGAUCUUUUUGGAUCUAGAUAGAAAUUAUAAUGACUUUGCCUAGACAUAAGUUUCCUGUUGUUUAUAAGGAAUUGUUUACUGUAAAAUGUAAUAUCUGGUGGUCUUGUUCAAUUAAUGAGAAAUCAUGUAUCAUUUGGAGAGAUUAUGAAGACUGAACAUGAGUUUUUAGUGGAUCGUAUAAGUAUCUAUAACCAAAAAUGCAGUAAAAAGCUAAUUAGAAAUGUUUUUCAUUUAAGAAAAUGAAUCACCCCCAGGGGGUUUAGUUUAUAUUCACUAAUAGAAAAUAUUAAUUGGAAAAAAGAAUGGCUUCUGCCAUAUAAAUUCUGUUCUGAAAUAAAGUCAGAGAAGUACACCUUAAAAAUGUACAUAAAAUACAUCCUACUAAUGACAUCAUCUCUAAAUUUGAAAUUGGAAUUAUUUACAUUUAAAUUGCAACUUUUGUGGUGAAUCUUGAGUCAGUAAACCAUCGUAUCUCAACGUGUCCCCUUACUUUUAAAUUUUGGGUUGAUUUAACUGAAAACUGUUAAUGAAUAAGCUGCACCUCUCAUUUUAAAACGCACUGCUCUCGAAUCCACCAGGAAAGGGUGUCCGGCAACCACUGGUGUACAGUCACUGCAACCCAGGCUUUCGUAACGAUCCACCGAAUGCUGAGGAUGGAAGGAAGUUUAUGUUGAACAGGUCAUUGUUUGAGCUUCUCUGGGUAAAUCAUUUCCUGGAGCUCACCGAUCCAAAGCUGCUUGGAUGGUACCUUGCCUUACCAGUGGAGGACAGGGCAUCAAUACAACGAGAUGGAGGGUUUUUGCAGUUUUUAAAGAGACACCCUGCACUCGAAAUAGCCAGAAAGUUUGUUUACAUAAAACAUCAAAUCAGAGGAAACCUCAUUGCCCCUAAAACAACUCCUACAUCAACUGAAAUGUCAUCAAACCUCAAGUCAAGGUACCCAAAAUUGUAUGGUGUGUCUCGGUGUCAAAAUUGUGGAACCAGUUGUCCAUUUGGUAUAAAGAAGUGUAGCCGUUGUGGUAUACAUAUUCAAAUUUCAGAGGAGUCAGAUGAAAGACAACUUGAGCUCCUCCCAAACAGAGUGAGAGAAGAGCUGAAUAUCAUUACUGCCAAAAGUGGUGUUUCAGAGACAGAUCUUCAGAAUACCUCAACUAGAAUCUCCCAGAGAUCUUAUCAUGGUCCUCCUCCUACCCAUAAAUCAGUGUGCAAUCCCCAGACUCGGUGCCUGUCUCAGCUGUGGGAGGAAGUAGAGAAAAGUAAGGACACUAAACGUUUUAAAGACUCAACAGCCCAGGCAAGCUUCUCCCUUGAUAUGGAGCUGGAAAUGCAGAGUCUGGCUCAGAAGAAUGACUAUACCCAAAGUCACCUAUCACAUGUGGAAUUGGAAUGUGAUGCAGAUCAGGAAACACAGACAGAAUACUACAGUUUCAGUAGCUUUGGAGUAGACUACAAUGAAUGGAGUGAAAACAGCCAGAACAUGGAGGCAGGCUACAAUGACUCAAUAAUGGCCACCAAAGGCAGUACAGAACCCUCAGAAAUGACCAUGGCCAGUGCUGCAAACUCCACUGAUGGUUUCUCUAGUCUCUGCAAUUCUUUCGAACUGGCUGAUAAUUCAGGAGACCAUUAUGAGGGUUUAGAAAAUAAGAAUGUGUUAAGAAAUGGACAACAGAUUGAGGAAAAUCACAGAGAGAUCAAUGUAGGGUCUGCACUCAAAUCCACUUCAAGUGUACAGUGCGGUGCUUCUUGUGCUCCUGCCUUUUCGAACCAAACAGUGGAUGCAUGUGGUGAUUUCAGGGCCUGUUUUACAUCUACAUGUGCAACAGAAGUUUGUCAGCUCCCCCAAGAGAAAGCCUGCAGAGAUGUUGCCACUGACACAGAGCCACUUACUGUCAGCUAUGAGAAAGACACACAGACCAUACAAAAGUCCAUAUCUGAAAAAAGUACCAUUACUGAGAUCUACAUGUCUGACUUGGAUAUUCUGACAGAGGAAUUCAUACAACUAAAGGAGAUGGAGAAGGAGCUGAAACAGCUGAAGAAUAGAAAGGAAAGGCCCAGUUCUGACUUUGCUGAAAAGGGUGGUGUUGACCCAUGCCGCAGAGUUUGUUGGUUUGACUGUAGCUUGCGGGCGAGACGGGCAGAUCUGCAUCUUUUGGCCCUUCAGUUCCUCAUGUGCCAACAGCACUGCUUGAAAUGUUAUUUCACCUCCCCACUGGGUGAAAGUCCUCAUCAGGGGACUGAGGCACUGCCUGACAUCAUGACAGAAAUGUUGAAUACACUAGAGAAAGAUUAUCAUGAGAUGAGGAGACAGAUUCUGGCAGGUAUUCCUCUGGAUCACCUUAAGCCCCUGUCGGUAGACUCUGAAAAGAUAAUCACUGGGACAUACUACAGCCCAGCAUCGGUGCUUAAGGCCCAUAUAGACUUAUAUGGCUGCGAAGAAAGUGCUCUUGCAAAUGUGGUGGAUGAAGAAUGUAAAGCGAUGAGGGCACCUUUUAGUCCAGUCACUGACACCACUCAGGAUGAACCCCAAGAUGACAGCAGCAAGAAAGACAGAGCUGUGGUCAUCCUGAACAAGCAGCCAGUUGCCUUCAUUGCCAUCAAGGAUCUAAAUUGCAGUGAAACUUGGUUUGAUGCAGAGGAGGAACUUGGGUCUCCCAAUCAAGAUGGAAAGAUGAAGAAACAGAGAGAGGAGAGGGAAAGUAUAAACUACAAAAUGAACCAAAAAGGGACUGAUGAGAAUGAAUCAAACGAAAGCUCACUCUUGUGUGUUACUUGUUUGCCAAGUAAUUUAACUGAGCAUGAAGUGCUGCUGUGGUUUGAGAAGUAUAAUGCCACAAGUGUUUGCAUCUCCACUUUCAGCAACAAUAUCCGGGCAGCUAUUGUUUAUCUCAAGAACCCAACUGAUGCCAAGGCAGCUGUGAAAGAUCUAAAUGGGUGUUGCCUCCAAGGUCACACUGUUCAAGUACAACAACUCUGUGGACCUGCCUCAACUGAUCCUAAGCUAAGUGAUCAGUCUCACAACACAUCAGAAACCCAUAAAACAGAACCUGCAGGUGAUAGACCAAAAAUGAAGGGUGUUUUACAUUACAAGUCAUCACAAAGAGGACCGCGCUGUAGUGUGGACAGGUUGACCAAUGUAUGCGACUCACCCACAGCCUCUGGCACCUGUGUGCCACAGCAUUACGCCACCAUGGGAAGCUAUGACACAAUCAUGGCCCGCCUGGCGGAACUCCACCCAAACAUAAGCCGCCAGAGGAUCAUAGAUGCCAUGAUGGUACUGCGGGCCAAGCAUCAGGGCUGUCUCAGUGGCCUCCCAUUGAGAUCUAUAGUGGACAUGACCUCAGAGCUUCUCACAAAGACCUCUAUGCCCAAAUGUAUUUGAAUUUGAGUUUGAGCAGCAGUUAAGGGGAUGGUUCAACCAAAAAAAAGAAGUCUCAUAAUUUACUCACCCUCAUUCCAUCCCAGAUGUGUAUGAGUUUUACUGC